AGGGAUGAUAGUUAGGCCGAUAGUUCGCGUGCAUGCCGCUGUUUAUAUAAAAAAAUUAGUUUUAAAUUAAAUUGAUAUUUAAAAUGGCUUCCAGGAUGGUUCAACGCUGUCUGCACACAGCACAGAGCUGCCUGAGGGCUCGCGUACCCCGUCGUGCCAAUCCCGGCCUUGGCUAUCAGCUGCAACAGCUGCAGGAACACGAACGACCCACAGCGAGGACCGAAGCUAGCGAGGAUUAUGCCGAUCUGGAGUCGGAUUUCAUGGACGUACAGAAGACACAUCGACAGCAUGAGGCGCAACAGCAGGCGCAGCGCGAUCGUGUGCGUCAGCUUAUGAUCAAACACAAGUAUUUUCGCGAUGUAAAGCUGCCCAAUUUGCUGCUCCAUGCGGAAAAGGAGCAGAUACGUCUGCUGCACGAACGGCGACCGGAUGAGUGGACCAUCGAACGUCUGGCCGAGAGCUUUCCGGCCACCCCGGAGAUCGUCCAGAAGGUGUUGCGCGCCAAGUGGCGACCGAGGAAUGUGACCAGGAUUCGUGCCCAUGACGAGAGCGUCAUGAGAAACUGGCAGCAGCUGCGGCAGGGAAAAUGUGAGGUGGCCAUACCCUCGGCUUUUCUGCAGCACUUGGAGAAGUUCUCGGAGCGACGACAGCAGGACUUGAAGCAACUGAAGCCGGAGGAAUGGCCCACACGGCCAGCCCUCCCAGUGCCGCAGGGAAACGAGUUCCGGCAGCUUCUGGGAAGUGGAACUAAGACCAAAGAGGACCGUAACCCUCCCCAGCUACCUUCAGGCUAUGCUGCUCCACCCGCAGCAGCAGAAGAUGAAACCUAUUUGCUGGACAAAGUCCGCAAUAAGCGAAAGAUGCGUCUGCAGGAGCUCAAGGAGCUGCAGCUUGUUUCCGCCGUGGCAGAGGAGGCGCCUCCCCAACCACCGCCCAGCAAUCCCAGUGGCACGGGUUUCCUCUCUAGCUACGUGCAAAAGUUCGAGAGCAGCGAGAUCGUCAUCAGUGCAGCGGAUCAGCAACGCUACGAGAUGACAAAAGUCAAGGAUCGCAUUGUCAUACCACGAAAACUGCAUCGUGUGGGCGCCACGUACCGCGUGGAGGAUGCCUACUACCAUGAUGACGGAGAGCUGCUCUAUCGCGUCCCAGGCAUGAAGGGUGGCAUGAAGGGUGGUGUCUGAAUCUUUUAUUAAAAAAUAUAAAUUGU